AUGCUUCCGCGGGUCCUUCGUACGGCUCCCGUCUCUUUCCUCCAUGCGUUCUACUACGAUAUUUUUCUCCGUGGUAUGUUCUUCAAGGAGAUUGAGAAGAUACAUCAGAGAUAUAGCAAGCCUUUCCUUUCUAAUACCUACACAUCACUACAUAAUCCCAAUAUUCUGCAUAAACCCGCUAGAAAUCCAUGUCAGCGACCCUCACUUCUACGGUGGGAUAUACGCCGAAAGCGCCCACAAUCUAAGAACCGAAAUAAGAACCCAAAGAUGACUCUCGCCAAUGGCCAGCCCUUACCCAAGGGGAAGAAGUCGCCAGAUGCACCUUUCCGUUUUGCGGAUACGGAAUACCCGCCUCUCACCACUAAAGUUGCCAAUUAUCAGAAGAGGGAGGACUUUCCGUAUCUCACAGAGUCGUACACCAUAAGCUUUGAAUAUCGCAUCCCGGACGAGUUGCUAGUCGCGGAUUACUAUGUCGCUCUGUUGAAAGCAUACGUGCAUGUCGAGGAUCGCAAUUUCCGCAUGCAUAAUUGCACCACUCCAGCUGGUGCUCUGCGCCUCCUGCUUUUUGGCUUCUGUCCGGACAGUAGGCCGAGCAGCACGACGGACCGGGCCAUCACUGUCACACACAAAGAACUCGCUGAUCUUCCGAAAGAAGUUAAGGGCGAAGCAGAUAUAGCUGAGGCGCCGUCUAGUCCUAGUUCCUUGGAGAAAAGUGUCCCCAUCAUUUACAGGUGGAAGCACCUACCAGCUCUGAAGCUUAUGUCCGAGGACAAGACGGAUUCUGAACAAGUAGAAAGAGCUAGCGUCACAAGAAGAUUAAGACCACGUUGCAACCGGACUCUAAAACGGGACUGUAACGAGCAUGCUCAAAAUGGAGUGGCUAUGGAUUACCGACUUGGCAUACAAAAUGGGUCUGCUACUGAAAAUGGCGUGAACUGUUUCCUUAGUUCUGCUGAGCUGCCCGAGCCGCCACAAGAUUUUGUGAUAAUCCUCAGCAAAAAUUCAGGAAUAAUAUUCUACAGAAGUGGGGUGAAAAUACCAGGACAGAAUGAGUUGGAAUGGCUGAAUAUAUAUGUUAUGCAGCAGGAUCCUACAGAACACUCGACACCGUGUGAGCAUAUGUCAUUGGCGGUCUGGAGUAUCAAUGAUAUGGCCUCUCUGGAAAUCCUCCUGACGCACGAGGAUGUAGUUUCAGCAUAA